UGGGGGGGCAGGGCACACUGGGGGACACUUGGGGAGGGAGGAAACCGGGAGGCAGGGGGUGACCCCAGGAUGGGGGUCCUGGAGGGGCACCAGGGGGUGACAUGGGACCAUGGCAAUGUGACUGGGGUCACGGCAGGGCACUGGGAGCGAUCCCAGCGUUUGGAUUGGGGUCCUGGGGGGCAGCGGGGAGGACAAGGGGUUUGGGGCCGGGGGGUAACUGGGGGUCUCUGCAGAAGUCACUUCCCCUCGGUGUCCCCUCGGUGUCCCCCAGUGCCCUUUUGUGUCCCCCUGUGUCCCUCAGUGCCCCCACACUGGGGACAUCCCAUGGCCUCCCCCACCAUGGACCCGCUGACCCUGACCCUCCUGGCGAUGACCGCAAUGACCGCGGCCGCCGCGGCCGCCACCGUCCCCCCCGGUGACGCUGCCACCCCCGUGGUGGUGGCCCUGGACAUGGCCCGGGACUCCUUCGAUGACCAGUACCGGGGCUGCGGCCGCGCCAUGGCCGCGGCGCUGCCGGCCCUCAACCGCUCCGAGCUCCGGCACGGCGGUCACUUCGCCGAGGCCUGGGCUCUGGCCGCGGCCGAGUGGCGCGUCCGGCUGUCCCCUGGGUCCCCUCGGUCCCCUCUGUCCCCACCCCAGGCCACGGCCCUGCUGGCCUACACGGCGCCGGUGCCGUUACACCGCGAGUUCAACGAGGCCGUGCGCGCGGCCGGGCGCUCCCGCCGGGAAUACCGGGACAACUUCCACUUCAAAACGCUGCAUUUCCUGCUGACCCAGGUGUGGAAAAUGCCAGUCGCUUGGCUUUAAAAGUUUAAUUAAUUAAUUAAAA